UUUCAGAUGUUACUCAAUAUUGACAGGUCAUUAAAUGUUUGUGCUCUGUAAGCAUCAAAUGUUCUUUCAUGAAUGGUCAAUUCAAUUCUUUACGUUGCCGUCAUUGGUUUUCAUCACAAACGGGGAUGUCAGGUCGAAUACUGUUAUCCACCUAUAACAGAUAAUGAAGGAGAACUUCCAUUAGCGUGGCAGAAUUUACCGUCACUUGCACUUCCUGAUGGUGCGCAUAACGUCGAUCAUGACGUAAUAUACUUUCUGUUGCCAUCAUUGAAUGAUCCGAAUCGAUCAGUCUUUGGAAUUUCAUGUUAUCGCCAGAUUUCUACCAAGGAUCUUCUGAACAAAUCAACGGAUGUCACCCGGAGUAGUGUACAGAAGAGUGUUUGCGUCUUAUCUCGAGUACCACUUUUUGGCGUAUUGACCGCUAAAUUACAACUUAUCACAAAAGCUUAUUUUAACGAAAGGGAUUUUGCUAAGGUUGAUGUGCUGCGCCAAAUGUAUGAAAAUCUUUGUGAAAUGUUUCCGGAUACCGUAGCUGAUGAGCAAGCUGCAGUUAUGGAUAUCUCAGUGCAAUCUCUUGUAACGACAUUCAGACAUCGCGUAUUAGUAUUAUUCAAAUUGUUGUUAUUAGAAAAGAAGGUUGUGUUCUACAUAUCGCCAGUAUUUCAAUUAAGUCAGCUGAUGGUUGCACUCACUUCACUUUUUCCACGAUUGGUCGAAGAAGGCUUGUUUCAUGCAGCUGCAUACAAUCCAAAUUCGCUAAAAUGUUUAGAUAUAACUGUGGAUAAUGAUAAUUUUGAAGUGGGACAAGAUAUAUUAGUUGACACAGCUCUAAAAUUUGGCGAUGACAUGACAGUUAGCGUAAAUUUCGAAAGAAACAAAGUGAGUGGAAACAACCCCGUAGAAUUUGUUCACAAAGAUUUAUCAGCAUCAGACGGGGAUUGCGUGUCCGAAAUACAGUUGUCAAGUGAUAGUAGUGGUAAAAGCUGUUCAAAUUUGAACCGAAAGCAAAUACUGGCCACCGAUUCGUACGGUUUCCCACUAAGUAUUUUCACGAAAGGUUCAUUAUUUCAUCCUUACUUGAGUAUCAGCCAUCUGGAUAUGAUUCGUUCCGAUAUGACACGAGCUUACUGCAUCGGUGCAACGAAUGCUCUGUUUGUUCAACGUCGUGAUUUGUUGGAUGUUAUAGUUACUGUUGAUGAAGUAGGCGAUGGAAGUAUCGAUAUUGUUGAUGUUGAGUUAAAACGAUCGUUGGCAUUAACAGCUGCAGAUUUACGUUUUGUCGAUUUUAUAUUAAAAGAAAUGGAAGCAAAUGCUAAAUUACCAAGUUGGGAAGGUAGUGAUGAUUGGAUACGGUUGCAAAUGCAAGCAUAUCUGUUAUCACUCAUAGCUACUGUUCGUGCUGAUUUGAAAGAUUCCCUGGAUGAUUUUAAUGAAGCAUUCAUAGCUGAGUGGAAAAUGAGCAAUAAUUAUCGGAUUUGGUCCUGUGGUGACUAUCCUGAUUUGGCAUCCACCGUUCCAGGGCAUCCAUUUGCUGGUGGUCUUGGUAUAUCGGAUGUUUUGCUACGUAUGGAGCAUUCAGUUGGUGGUACGGGAAGUGGUCGCCGUGUAGCAUCAGCUGUUGUUAACACUAGUAAAUAUUUUGCAGAUACAGGUACCAAAGUGAAAACGAGCAUUGCAUCAUGGUUGAAAAGGAACUCAGAAUAAAACAGAAUAAAACUUUACUACAAUUGUUAUAGCUUUGCAUAUAAUUUUGUUUGACUUAUCAACGUAUUACGAUUACAUGCGAAUGCAAUUUUUCUGUUUGAUAAUACAUACCAGAAAAAGUUAGAGACAUAAUGUAUAACUAGCACAUGUCACUGUUGAUUUCGUAUUGGAUAGCAUGUAGCUAUAGUUGUAAGGUAUAAUAAG